AUGGGGUUUGUUCAAAGCAAGAAUGAACCCACUGUCUACAAGAAAGUAAGAAGAAAUUCAGAUAGUUUGCUCCUUUGCAUCUAUGUAGAUGACAUCAUCUAUAUGGGCUCGUCUCAAGACAUGUUAUCUGACUUCAAGGAAGAAAUGCUGAAGACCUUUGAGAUGUCUGAUAUGGGACCGAUCAAAUACUUCCUUGGUUUGGAGGAUGAUGGAUCAGAGAAUGCUGAUCCCACUCGCUAUAGAAGGUUGGUUGGCAGUCUCUUAUAUCUCACCCACACUAGACCAAACUUGGUGUAUGCUGUUGGGAUAGUGUCUCGCUUCAUGCAAUCCCUAAUCUCCCAUCACAUGGGAGCUGUGAAGAGAAUUCUGCAUUAUCUGUCCUGA